ACACCACCUUUUGCCGUCCACACAAACAACCACACAAUUGGGUUGGGGGAAAGGAUUAUUUCUCUCUAUUUGAUUUUCUCUAACUUGUAACUUGAACCUGACACUGACAAUGUUGUUUCUGUUUAUUUACGUUACUUUCGCUUUGGUUGACACAUGUGAGUAAGUGUAUGUUGUGUUUACCUAGAUCUAGUUUAUUAUGUCAUUACUGCCAUAUUAUUUAUUACAUAAGAAGUUUCAAUUAAUUUAGAAAAUUGGUUAUUUAAAUAGAUGAACUGUUAGCAGGUCAAUACUAAAGAUAAAAUAAAACAUAGCAAUUCCUAUGUUUUGCGCUAAAAUGACGUACUUUUUUUAAUCAUUAUUUUAACUUAAUUUUACUUGCUACAAAUGAUUCAUGGGGUAAUAGGCAAAAAGCAAUUGUUUUAUUAUACAAAUAAUUGUCUGGUGGCGAAAAAUGUCCUUUAAUUUAACCAUCACACUUGAGACUUCUUCCAGCUUUAUGUCACAAUUGUAAUGCCUGCUUAUCUGGUUUGAUUUGAUUCGAGAUGGUUUGAAUGAGUUUUUUGGUGAAGUUGUUUGAUGAAGUUGUUUGGUGAAUUUUUUAAAAUGAAUUUGUGCAUGUCUUAAUUAUUACUACCAUUAGUCAUUCUCAAAAUACAAUAAUAUUGGGACGGGGCAGGGACGUCACGUGGGUAGGUCAGGGGAGCAUUGCCGCCCCCCCCCCCACCCUGAAUUUGCAGGUUUUCUUUAAAUUGUUAUGUACUGUAGCGCCUCAAGUAAUAAACAACUCAACAAGCCGGACAAGUUUUGGUCCCCACCCCACACCUCUCACUGAAAAAAAAUCUGAAAUGACGUCAUUACAUCGGGGAGGGGGGAUGCUAAGGUCACGCUUUGCGAUGGGAUAUACAAAACACAGCAUGUAUCAGAGUUUGGGUUAGAUGCAUUGAAUCAAAACACAAAAUAGCGGACAUUUCAAAAACCAUGUAAUUAAUUAUUUAUUUUGUUUAAAAUACCUCACAUAAAUAAUCCAUUGGCUCUGGCUCAGAGAAAUAUAGGGCUAUUAUAUUAUUUAUUGCUGAAAAGGGAAAUCCAUUAUCUUUAGCCAGGUCCAAGAUAAGUUCUUUUGUAAAAAAAAAAACUUUAAUUUUAUAUGUUUAUGCUCCAAAUCAAACACAUUUCAUUCAAAUGGAUAUGUUCAACACGACUUGUUUCAGCUCAAUGUCAUCCUCAUGACGACGAGGUCAGCGCAGAACUGACCAACGAGUCUCACCUGUAUUUACACCUAUUAGAUGACCAUCAUUAUGUCAAGUACCUAAGACCAGCGGCUAAGCAUAACGAGAGUUUGGACGUGGCGGUCGAAUUGUGGGUGACAACUCUAACCGCUAAGGUGGGCUACUCAUUCUUAGUUUUCCCACUGUUAAAUGUAGUGUUUUUUUGUUUGUUUGUUUGUUUGUUUGUUGUUGUUUUUUCUGGGGGGUGGGGGUGGGGGAGGGGGAGUUGUGUUCAUAUCAAAUCAACAUGAAAUUUAAGAAGCUUUUGUAAACUGUCCAGGAAAGUAAUGAAAUCAAAGGGAAUUUGUUUAAAAGUAUAAUUUAUAGUGUGUGCAGGUCAUUUUCAAGAGGUGCUAAUCCAUUUUCAAAAGUUUGACCAUGCAUCAUUUCAGCCCAACUCACAAGACAUUUUGAUAUCAAUGGAUGUGACCAUGGUGAGUAUGUUUCACAAUGUACUAUGACUGUACCCCAAUGUCCAUGUUUAGGCCUAUAACAAAUAAAUGAAUAUUUUAGUGGGUAAUUAUUGUACACAUUAGCUAUGGCCCGCCAAACAAUGGUGGUCUCAAAUGGGUGACCUUCCCAUCUACUAAAGUUACUUUUCUGAACAUGCAAUCAAAUAACGCACUUUAUAAGAAUCCCAAAAUAAUGCCCUAACCCUCCCCCCCCCCACCCAGGUUCGCAAUCGCAUAUUUUUUUCACGUCCUUGAAUUAAAAUAAUAUUAUAAUGUUCCAUCCCCUUUUGUACCGCAGAUUUAUAACACCAUGUUUAAAUUGAGAUAAUUUUCGUUAAAAAAAAAAAAAAAAAAAAAAUAUUACGCACCAAACGCACUUGCGGUAUUUUUAAGUUAUCGGGAAUUUUAUUGAGUGAAAGCGUUGAUGACAUUAGUUGAUUGUUAAACUGUUCCACAGAGGAUUAUGUAUUUUGAUUAGUUUAAUUUCUGUAUCAUACAGCGUAUGUCAGGAUAUGAUAUCUGAUAAACUCCCAAAACAUAUAUAGUUAUAUUCUAAACACCAAGUUCGCUAGCCCUACAUUUUUAUAGUACAUCUGUAUUAAUCACGAAUUUGUUGAAAAUGCAUUUUUUGCACCUCCACCCAGAAAUGGCAUGACCCUCGUCUGAGAUGGAAUGUCACCGAAUAUGGCGGGAUUCCUUUUCUCGUUGUUCCUCACGACGUUAUUUGGAUGCCUCAUUUGAGGGUCACGUCGGAGUAAGACAAGUCUAACGUUAAUUGUUUAUUUUAUUGUUUACAAUUUUCUCCACAAAUAAUAUAUCUCUGAUAAAAUUAUAGAGCCCUUUUUGUAUUGACAUCUGUUUUUUUUAAAAUUGUAGAAAAUAAUAAUAUAUAUACUCUUAUAGCUUUCUUAGUGAAGUUUUAGCUCGUGUAACAUUGGUGAAUAUUUUCUUAUUUUACGAAAUCUUCAGACAAACUCUGGAACCCCUGCGGUCAUCUGGAGCAACACUUGAACAUACAGGAGAUGUCACAGUGACCACCACAGUGCAUGUCACCAGCUCGUGCAUCACCGAUGUGACCGACUUCCCCACAGAGGUCAAGCAGUGUGACUUCAUUUCACCGUUCGGUCACCGCCACAUUCAAGAGCAGGAGUUUGUCAUUUUCCGUUUCGCUAACGCAGUGAAGGGUCUCGUCCCUUUGUCUGAUGCCUUUCGAUCCAAAAUCGGAUCGAGCUGGGUCUUCAUGGGCUCCGAGAUGUCACGGGCGGCCACCACAGAUCAGGAGGCUGCUGUAGGCUCUCAGGGGAGCCGAGGUGAACUACAGAUGCAUUUCAAAAUGAUGAGGGCCGACAAUGUUAAAAUUUUGAUUCUGAAGACGUCCGGGAUCAUCAUGGCAGCUCUCUUGCCAGUUAUAUUUUUAUUUCCCCCUGAUUCUUCGGCGAAAAUCAUCUCAGGUAAUUAACGCACUUGAAAUUCGGUUGAAGAUUCUCUAUUGCUAUUUAUGCAUUCUGUUGUGCAUGAUGCUUGUCAACCGUCAAAAGUAUUUUUCAACAGUAUCACUGUCGUGGGGGGGGGGUGUACCAUAAAUGACGCCACGCUAUUUUGGCAAAGAUUAUUAAUCACUGAUUCUCUAUUGCUAUUUAUGCAUUCUGUUGUGCAUGAUGCUUGUCAAACGUCAAAAGUAUUUUUCAACAGUAUCACUGUCGUGGGGGGGGGGGGUGUACCAUAAAUGACGCCACGCUAUUUUGGCAAAGAUUAUUAAUCACAAUUGUCGCAAAUCUUUACACAAAAUAGAAUCACACAUCGUCACAAAUUUCUGACCCCACCCGUCCCUUUUUUUCUCUAGAUACGUGACGUAAUUUAUGGAUGACCCCUGUCAUUUGGGAUCAUCUGUCCAGAUUUUCGUUUGAAAUGAAUUUUAAUUAUUUGUUUAAUACUUCUCCAUUCUUUUGAAGGUUGUCUUCUCCUAAUCGCCAUCACCUUGGUUCUAACAACUGUCACCAACCACAUGCUGCCCACCGAGGGUGGUGAGAGUAGAGGCUGUCCUAAAAUAGGUCAGAUAUGCAGGUUAAAUUACACGUAAAGACUUGUUACUGCUUUUUUAUCCCUAAAAAUAGUAUUUGCCAUUGUCAAAUUUCUUUUCUUUACAUUUUUUUUAAGUAUAAGAAUUAAUAAAGAACGCCACGUAACAUCAAAAUAUAUAAGUUAUAUCCAAAUAAUAAAUUGCUAACAUCAAUGAAGUUCAUGUUAAAUUGAAAACUGACAACAUAAUGAUACUUUGUGCAAGCAUUAGCAACUGAAUAACAGAAACCACCCCAAAUUCCCAACUUCCUUACCUUUGUAAAUCCAGAAAAAUUAAGUUUCUCAUUAAAAUUGCGAUACUUUUUAAAGUAAAAAUUAUAUUUCUUGUCUCAAAAUAUGCGUGACCCUCACUGUCACUGUUUUGUAUUAAAGCUAAGUGAUAUUUUUGUCAAUGUAAUUUGAAGUGACUAUGUAUUUUUUUUAUUAAUAAUUUCCAAUUUCCAGUUGUGUUUUUUAUUGUUACGAUGGCCCUCAACGCUGGUUCAGUUAUCAUCUCUGUCAUCGUGGCAACCAUUGCGCGUGCGUCGCCAAGGACGCAUAUGCCAAGUUGGGCGAGGAAAGUAAGUGCAUAUCGAGGUCAUAGCUGGGUGAACUUCACGAUUUAAUUUCUAAUAUUAAGUGUAUGUAUGGUGGGGGGCCUUAAAAUAGUAAAUGUGUAUGACUUAAUGUUUGCCCGUAUAUUCACGUCGUGGGGGAAAAAGGGGGGGGGGGGUAAACUCUUGCCUAAUCCCCACAAUCACGCACAUCUCAAAUUUACAAAGAGACGCAUAAAAAUGUAAAGUUUGACUGUAAUAGCAUUGUUAAUUAUAAAGCAAAACAUUCACUUCGAAUAAUGAUACCCCCCCCCCUUUUCAAACCUAUAAUUUUUAAGCUUAAAAUUUUAACAAUAUCAUUAUUGUUUGAAUCCAAAAAAAAAAAAUAAAAAAUAAUAAUAAAUCUACCACUGACAUCAAAAAUUUGAGUGGUCCCGCCUCCUUCCCGGGCUAUGAGAGGAACUGUCCUAGUGGAGGAGCUACGGUUAGUGCCGCGCUGGGCGGGCAAUUCUUGCCCCACCUCAAAGAAAAAAAAAACUCUGCAGUUGGCCGAAAAGCCGCCACCCCCCCCCCCUCAAUAUUUAGAAAAAUCCCUCACGGGGUGGACCAUAUCCCCCUUCCUACUCUUGCUGCCCAAUUUAAUAAAUACAUUUUUAAAACUUAAGUACAGAUUUAAAAAUUUAUGCUUUUUAUUUCUCAGAUCUUUUUCGGAACUUUUGGCGUUCACCGUUUUACACGCGCGCCCUUCAGCCAUGACACGAUGACCCCAAUGGAUGACCUUUCUACGGGUGUGGACGCAGAUCAAGUGGCCUUCAACGAUGGCGACGGUAACAGCGACAAGGACGGGGGAAGAGGACACCACAACCCAAUGUCCGCUGCUCUCCACACGACGAACGGGAGAGGUUCUGAGUGGAGAGAAGCCGCCAUCCUCAUCGACCGUGUCAUGUUUGGUGUUUACGUGUUCGUCAUACUGUCAGUCAGUACGAGCCUGCUGAGUUAACCAUCGGACCCGGUGGUCACAAUAACCUGGUUGAGCUCAUCUUUUCUUUUAGUUUAGAGCUAAUGGAGAAUAUUUAACGGCUCUAUAAAAUUGGUAUAUUAUAAUACUUUAUGCAUACAAAUAAAAUGUCACAAUUUAAAAUAAAAAAGACUCACUGUUCAAUUACAUGUUGUGCUAUAUUUAUACAUAUAACUUGAGGAUUCGAUGUAACCUAACGAUGGUCAAUUAUUAAAAAAUAUAUAUAUUGGCGACUGAAGUCGUAUACAUUUUUACUAUGUCUCCAACUCUGUGACGACUACUCCUGAAGUCCAAGAUGGAUGAAUUGAAAAGUUCCGUGAAAAAGCUGACAAGAUUAGUAAACUUCAACACGAUUUUACUUAACCUUGACUUUAAAUUAUUUUGUCUGUCUUUUUUAAUUUUUUUAAAAAAUG